GUCACAUGUCAGAAUUCGAACGAAACGAAAGAUCAAAAUGAAAAUGCUAUUUUUAAAAUGUCAAUUGGCAGUAUAAUGUUUAUAUAUUUUUAAUUAUACUGAGUUAAAAAUUCGUAAUGUCUAAUGUAAUAAACUUUAACAGUAAUAAUACGUUCAAUACUGUUAGUACUAAUGCCCAAGAACAAGAGGUGAAUGAUCGUAUGGAAUUUUUAAAACUAGAACAGAGCAAAUACCUCCAACAAAAAAUUUUAUAUGAUUUACUUGAAGAUGUUGUUUACGACGAUCAUACGGAUGCCAAGUUGAAAAGUAAAGUAAAAGACAUAAUAUUAAGUGAAAAUUUGAAGCAAACUUUAUCAAUUGACAAUAAAUCUUUAGAAGAAAAUGAAUCUAAUGUGUUAGGUGUUGCCCAGGACAUUACAGUGUUAACUUACUCAGAAAGUAGUCUGCUGAGGAAUUUAAUUAAAUUAAAAUCGACAAAAAAAGUUGAAGACCUUGCAGCGCAGCAUAAUGAGUGGACUGAAUUAUUAGAAAGUAUUAGAGAAUUGGGUUCGAUUCAACUAAGCCAAGAGGAUAAAAUUCUUUUAGAAUAUAAAAAUAAGGUAAUCGUAGAACAAGAAAAGUACAUAAACAACCUACUAAAUUUACACAAAUUAUUAGAAGAAAUAACGCACACGAGGACAGUAGAUCUUCCAAAAACUAUGGAACAAAAAAUUGCAGAAUGUCAGGUAGAAGAAAAAAUUAACUAUUUAAAAUGUAUUAUCGUGCAAGAGAAGUGUCGAGCUGAAAUCUUUACUGAAACCAAGUGUUCGUUAAGAGCCUACAGGGAACUGAUCAAAGAUAUACAACUCCAGCAAAGGGACUGUCGGAAAGAUAUAGAAGAUUUAUCCGAAUUGAAGCAGAAAUAUAAAGCCAUAGCUGGAAAGCAAUACGAUGAUAUAUUAAAAUCAUAUAUUUUGUAUAAAGGUGCUUUAGAAAAGAAAAAGAUGCUGUGUAGUUCUUUGAAAAGCUGAUUAUAAUUGUAAUAAUUAAAGUAACUAUAAUAACGUGUACGAAUAAGUUUAAUUAUAUCUCUAUAUUUUAUAUACAAUUUUUUUAUUGUACUUUCCUUUUGUUUUAAGUUGAAAUAUAUUUUUAUAAAAUAA